UCGUGAUAAUAAUGGACUCGAGAUCACUUUUGAAACAAGCCCAGAAGUCAGCAGAGCAAGCUGUGGAAGCAGAUGGAGUAGGAGAAUAUUAUCCGGCGUCUUUGCUCUACUUGGAAGCGUUCGAAUUGGUACAAAACGCAAUUCGUAUGAAUCCCAGCCUUGAAGCAUCUUGUAGAGAAACAGCAAACUCGUAUUUAACGAGAGCUCAAGCUCUAAGUCAAAUCAUGGCUAGAACAGACCGUGGUUUUCACGAUAGAGCUCCUUUAUCAAGGCAACAGAGUCUUGAGCAACGUUGCUAUUUUAUGUUGGAGGACGCUUUGGAGACAGAAAAUAGUGGAAACAAGGAUGAAGCAGUAGAGAUGUACCUUAGCGCUGCUGAGCUUUGUCUCAAAACGAGGCAAAGUGCAAUAAAUCCAAAAGUCAGGGGUAAGCUAGAAAAAGUUGCUAAAGAGGCAAUGGAUAGAGCUGAACAUCUAAAAACCAAGCUAGCUGAGAAAGCAUUUAGUGAACUCAAGUUGCCUGAAAUUCCAAGCUCUGCUUUGCCGAGUUUAAAUGAUGAUUUGGAUGUGCCUCCUGCUAAUACCAGGCAAGUGACACCACCACCAGCAGGUGGGCAUGCACAUCUGAGUGUCCCAUCUGGUCAUCCAUCUCAAAGAAAAUCUGAUGGCCUGACACAAGCAGAGAUUCAAGUUUUGAAGGUAACUUCUUUUGUCAAUGGAAAACUGUUUCAUCCAUUUCUGCCCACUGAUUUGCGGGAGAGGUUUGGGUACAUGGACAUGUUUGAAGAUGUUGAUGGGAGGAUUGCUCUUGCUCCAAAACAGAUGAAAGACUUUGGUAGAUGGGCAAGACCAUCUGAUAUUUGUGAUGAUCCAAAAAUGAUUGUUACUAUAUCAAGUCACAGCAUACGGCAAACUGUAGUCUCUGAUUGCUCAUUUGUGGCUUCUUUAUCAAUCACAGCAUCAUUUGAGAGUAAAUUUAGGAAACAAUUAAUUACAGGCUGUCUUUAUCCACAAAAUCGUCAUGGGAUUCCUGUAUACAAUCCAAGUGGAAAAUACAUGGUAAAGUUAUGGAUCAAUGGUGUAGCCAGAAAGAUCAUUGUGGAUGACUAUUUGCCUGUGAGCAAGUACGGUGAACUGCUCUGUUCUUACUCGCAAAAUUCAAAUGAGUUUUGGGUGAGCAUUCUGGAGAAAGCUUACAUGAAGGUGAUGGGCGGGUAUGACUUUCCCGGAUCAAACUCAAAUAUUGACUUGUUUGCUCUUACUGGUUGGAUUCCUGAGCGAGUUCCUAUUCGGCCUGGAACAGAAAGUUUCAACUCUGAUACUCAGUUUGAACGCAUGAAAGAUGGUUUAAAGAGAGGUGAUAUUCUAAUUACUGUUGCAACUGGUGAUUUGGAUCAGACUGAGGCUGAUCGAACUGGUCUUGUGCCAACACAUGCUUAUGCUGUACUGAAUGUCGUAGAAGUGUUGGGUAGGAGGAUGCUGCAACUGAAAAACCCAUGGACACACCAGCGUUGGAAGGGCAACUAUUCAGAACAUGAUUCAACCAACUGGACUCCUGAAAUGAGGAAAGCUUUGAAUUAUGACCAACUGAAGGCAAUUGAAUUAGAUAAUGGUGUGUUUUGGAUUAACUGGGAGAGUCUUCUACAUUUUUUUGAUGUUCUCUAUUUGAACUGGGAUCCAAAACUAUUUAAACACAGCUUCACACAACAUGCUAUGUGGCCCCAACCCACAGGAGCAAAUGCUACAAAAGAUGUGUAUUCCCUUGGUCAAAAUCCACAAUAUAGACUUGAGCUAAAGAACAAUGAUGAACAUGCUGCUGUUUGGAUCCAACUUUCCAGACAUAUUACGUCCAGGGAUGAUUUUGCAGAAAAUCAGGAGUACAUCACCAUACAUGUCUUUAAGACUGAAGGCACAAGAGUUUACUUUCUAGACGAUGCUGUACAUGUUGGCACAAAGAUCAAUAGUCCUCACUACUUAGUGAAGUUAAAUAAAGUGCCUUUAGGCACAGCUUCGUACACAUUGGUUGUCUCUCAGUUUGAAAUGCUUCACACUAUCUACUAUACUCUCAAGGUGUAUUCGUCUAUUCCAUUUAAGUUAGAUCCCAUUCGUGAUCCUUACAAAGUCAAGAAGAGGAUGGCAGGAGAGUGGACACAAGCCACGGCUGGUGGGUGUCCCAACUAUCCACAAACACACAGCAAAAACCCUUCAAUUCAAGUAAACUUGCAAGGCAAGGAUCCGCGUGACGUUCGAAUAGAGCUCCGAGCUCCCAAAGAUUAUGCGGUUGGCUUUCAAAUUGUUCCAAUCAAGUCUACUCCUGAUGAAGUGUCUAUUGAAAGGGGAGGGUCUGGUGUGUACAGAAAGGGCUACACUGUCAAGGAAUGGAAACAGGUGCCCCCGUGUAUUUUUAACAUCGUUCCUUCAACGUUUGAGCCAGGAUUGUUAGGACCGUUUUUCAUUGAUGUUGCAUCAUCACAUCCAUUUCGGAUUGCGAAAGUUUAGUGUAGAUUAUCUGUUGGAGCAAGUGUAGAUUGCAGUGGCUCUUUUCCUGAUGCUGUCAGUUCAUAUACUACUCCAACUAAUAGAAAUUGCAUUUAUUAGUCAUGAAUUUGUACUUAUGAUUGUCAGAUAGCAGUUUUGUAUUGAUCACUUGUAAGCUGUCAAUUUAUUGAGGUCAUGUAUAUUAUGUCAAUCAUGAUUGAUAUUGCAUGUUAUGAGCACCUCUAACGGAUGUUCAACGUAAAAAGGUGGUGCAACUAGAAUUCUUGCUAUUAAUUGUUUCUGUAGCUGUAACCAGGACUUCUUUAGUGGCGCUUGUUUAGUUAAUGCAUACUGAAGGAGGAGGAGGAGGAGGAGAACAAGAACAAGAAAAAGAGGUUAGAUUACAUCUGGCGACAUCUUUCCUUUUCGUCUUCUUUUUUCUAUACUUCUACUUUUUCUUCUUUCUUCUUUUGUCUUCUUUUUUUUCUUUUUUUUUUCUUUCUAACGUGUCUCUUAGCAGAAUGACCCAUCGCAACCGUGACAAGAAAACGAUAGUGUAAACUUUGGACCACCCGUAUAGAAACAUUUUGGAUUUCUCUACUGUUCGAGCUGCUCAGGACAGAACAUGGAUCUUUGCUUCACAAAACUAUUAGCCAUACGACAUGAAAUACUGUAUGGAAGUUUCUUAGGAGUUGUGAUUGCGUCCUUAGGAUGGUUAUAGUUAGGAUAGGAUAGUUAGUAUAGAGGUAUUUUGCAAACCUGCAGUCAUGAGUGAACAACACGUCAUUGUUACGGUGGUGUAUUUCUGGCUUGAUAUAUGGUGGUGAAUUUCCGGUUUUGUCAAAUUCCAAUUUGUGUAUUCUUGUUUGGAGAGUAUUGGCAUAGGAGCUGCAAAAUGUGUGAUUCUCUUAUUAAUCAAUAUUGAUACUAAUUAAA